UCUUCUUCUAACCCCAAAACCUUCCUCUUCUCUAACUCUCUCUCUCUCUCUCUUUCUCUCUCUCUAUCUCUCUUCUCAAAUGGCCAUUACCAUUGCUUCUCUUCUCUUCUUCUCUCUCUUCUCCUUACAGAGAGCUUAUGGUGACUAUGGAGGUUGGGAAGGCGGCCACGCCACAUUCUACGGAGGUGGCGACGCCACCGGCACAAUGGGUGGAGCUUGUGGGUAUGGGAACUUGUACAGUCAAGGAUAUGGUACUAACACUGCAGCUCUAAGCACUGCUCUCUUCAACAAUGGCUUGAGUUGUGGAUCUUGUUAUGAGAUGAGAUGUGAUUCUGAUCCUAAAUGGUGUCUCCCUGGAAGCAUCAUCGUCACAGCAACAAAUUUUUGUCCUCCCAACCAAGGUUUAUCUAACGAUAACGGUGGGUGGUGCAAUCCUCCUCUUCAACACUUCGACUUGGCUCAACCGGCUUUCCUUCAGAUUGCUCAAUACCAUGCCGGAAUCGUCCCUGUCUCCUUCAGAAGGGUGCCCUGUGUGAAGAAGGGAGGAAUAAGAUUCACGAUCAACGGUCACUCUUACUUCAACUUGGUUUUGAUCACCAACGUCGGCGGUGCAGGGGAUGUCCAUGCAAUAUCAAUCAAGGGGUCUAACACGGGCUGGCAACCGAUGUCUAGGAACUGGGGCCAGAACUGGCAGAGCAACUCCUACCUGAACGGCCAGAGCCUCUCCUUCCAAGUCACCACUAGUGAUGGAAAAACUAUCACUAGCUAUAACGUUGCUCCGGCCGGUUGGCAAUUCGGUCAGACCUUCGAAGGAGGCCAAUUCUAGAAGACCCGGACAGACCCGGUUGGACCAGUUUUCCUCGGCUUAUGAAUGAGGAAAUUGUACUAUAUCUUUAUGGCCAUUGAUGCUGAGGUUGUUAUAGUAGCACCCGCUGGGCCUUCUUUUUAUAUAUAAGAAAUAUAGUUGGUUGGAAAUUUAGUUAGGUCAGUUAUUGAUACCUUGUUUCUAGCUUUGUUGAAAUCAAGGCAAAGGGUAUCAAAGAAAAAAUGUACUUGGACUCUGUGUGGGUAGAGAGAAAAAGAGAUAGAGAUAGAACUAGAUUUUAGUUCCCACUGCAACUUGUUUGAAUUUAUAGAAAAAACAAGUGCAUGGGGGCAAAAAAUAAAUAUCAUUUUCAUUAUGAUAAUCUUGCUUAUGUUUAAUUCAAGGAGUGUCAUUAAUGUCAUUGUGAAAAAAAAUUCUAUAUAGAUAUGAAUGUGAUUUCUUCAUUUUUCAUAA